CGUGUGUUCAAUUUCAAGGUGGUCAAGGAGUUCCCGCACGACCCGGCGGCCUUCACCCAAGGCUUGCAAGAUAUACUGUGGGAGUCCACCGGCAUGAAUGGCAGGUCGACUGUUCGUGAGGUGGAGCUCAAGAGCGGCAAGGUGCUGCGCAGCAAGAAGCUGCCAAAGGAGGACUUUGGAGAAGGUGUGACGCGGCACGGCGACAGGCUGUACCAGAUAACGUGGAUGUCGCCCCGCACCUGGAGCUACGCCGUGAGCGACUUUGACGAUGUGCAGCAGCUGGAGACGCCGCUGGCCGACGGCUGGGGCAUCACCAGCGACGGCACGCACCUGGUGGUGGGCGACUCCAGUGAGCGCCUGACGUGGGUGGACCCGGCGGCGGGGAUGAAGCGCGUGCGCCAGGUGGCGGUCAAGGAUGCGGGCACGCCGGUGCCAUGGCUGAAUGAGCUGGAGUUUGUGGAGGGGCUGGUGUGGGCCAACAUCUGGCACACCGACUGCAUCGCCCAGAUAGACCCUGAGAGCGGCGAGGUGGUGGGCUGGGUGCUGCUGGGCAGCCUGCGGCGGAGAGCGGAGGAUGCGGCGGCGGCCGACGCGUCGGCGGCGGGCAAGCGGGCGCAGCCGCUCGACAGGGAGGCUGUGCUCAACGGCAUUGCCUACGAUGCAGAGCAGCAGCGGCUGUUCCUCACGGGCAAGCUGUGGCCGCGCAUCUACCAAGUGGAGCUGCAGGAGGUAGAGGGGGCCCAGGGGGUGGCCAACCUGCAGCGAGCGCGGCAGCACUGCAUCAUGCGCGGCAACAUGCAAGCCGGGCGGUGA